CAGCAGUAUAAAUGAAAUAUGGACAUUAAGUUUCAAAUUAAAAAAAUAAUUGAAAAUGGAAGUAAAGAUACUGACUGGCUUUGUUUUAUUGAUCAAGUUAAAAAGAAAUGUGAUCGUGAUAUUUUACAAGGUUUAUAUUUAGCUGCAUUUAGUAAUAUAUCCCAAAAUAAAUCAAAAAGUUUCAAGAAGUUGCUUGUUGGUUUUGCUAAUCUUCAAAGUGAUAUUGCUCCAGAAAUUGCCCGAAAAACAUUUCUUAAUGUGAAUUCUUUAGACGACGAAUGUGCUGUAGUUUGUGUUUACUAUGCUCAAUUUGAAUAUAGACACAAUAAAGAUAAUGCUCGAAAUAUUAUUGUUAAGGGAAAAUGUGAUGGUCGAAUACCAAAGGUUCUUUUGACUCAAGCAUAUCGAAACAUAAAAAACAAUAAUGCAAAUUUAUUUGAGGGGAUUAAUGAUCCAUGGGAUGAAGCGUUAUGUGAUAUGACAGAUACAGCUACUUUUACUACAUCUAAAGCUUCUCCAGAGAAUCAAGAUUCACAUUUAUUUUAUUCGUCUAAAAGUUUAUCUUCAUUUCCUACUCGAUUACCAGUUAGGUCAGUACAAAAAACACAAUCAACCUCUGCUUUGAUUAAAGGAACCAAUAGCCCAUCCAAUAAUUUUAAAAGGCAUGACUUGUCAAAAUUGAGUUCUGAUGAUCAUAAGCAUACAAGAAGACAUGGUCCAAGUUUAUCACCUUUUUUUGAAAGAGACUCAUCAAAACUUUUCGAAUUUCAAUCUUCAACUGCUAAAAUUAUAGAGAGUACACCAUAUGAUCUUUUUAAUUGUAGCCAAUCUACUAAUAAUUUAGUUUUCGAAGCACCCAUUACAAUAAACACAAAAUGCUCUGAGCAGACUGAAAACUCAAGCUUACCAUCUGAAUGCCGAAUAUCUACUCAUGAAACUAAUAAACUUGAAAAUAACAAUGUCCAUCAUUCAAAAAACAAGUUGUUAAUGCGACGUUCUAUUGCAUGCAGUGGUUUAGUUUGCAAUGAACAGACACUUACUGAAGAUGCAAAAAAUAAAAAUAUAGUUUGUAUUAAAGAAUCUAUUCAAAAUUUGGAUCAUUGCAAUGAAAGAGUCCCAUUACCAGUUUUACAUGAAAAUAGUAAUUUUGAUAUAGUAUCUUCCUGCAGUGGUUUAGUUUGUAAUGAACAGACACUUACUAAAGAUGCAAAAAAUGAAAAUUUAGUUUGUUCUAAAGAAUCUAUUCAAAAUUUGGAUCAUUGCAAUGAAAGAGUCCUAUUACCAGUUUUACAUGAAAAUAGUAAUUUUGAUAUAGUAUCUUCUUCCUGCAGUGUUUUAGCUUGCAAUAAACAGACACUUACUGAAGAUGCAAAAAAUGUUAAUUUAGUUUGUACUAAAGAAUCUAUUCAAUAUUUGAAUCACCUCAAUCAAAGAGCCCCGUUAUCAGUUUUACAUGAAAAUAGUAAUUUUGAUAUAGUAUCUUCUUCUUCCUUGUCUUCUUUAGUUUUGAAUAUAGCAAAUAACCAACCAGAAUCUUGUUUCAAGCUCAGUGAAAGUAUUCCAAUUGAACAUCAGCUACAAAAAGUUUUAGAAAUAGAAAAUAACGAUAUGUAUAAACUUAAUAAUAAAGAGAACCAAAUACCAAAACAAAUAUCCAACAUUUCACUUAAGUCUGCAAGUCUAUCUCCUAAAAAAAAAACAGAAGUUUCAGGUGAACAAAAAAAGCUCAUUAGCAAAGAUUUUUUUGUGAAUGGAAAAUGCUACAAAAGAAUUUCAUUUAUAGGAAAAGGUGGUUCUUGCAAAGUUUUUGAAGUACAAAGUGAAACUGGCGAGACAUUUGCUUUAAAAAGAGUGAACUUCGAAGAACUUGAUUCCUGUACAUUAGAUCUUUACUUAAGUGAAAUAAAAUGGUUGGAAAAGUUCAAAGAUAGUCCUCAUAUUAUACGAAUCUUUGAUUGGGAAAAUACAAAUAGUUCGUUAUUAAUUGUAAUGGAAAAAGGUGAUACAGAUCUUGGAAAUAUACUUCGGACUGAAAAAUUUUUAUCUAUUGAAAAGUUGAAAGAUUUCUGGAAACAAAUGCUAUCUGCAGUCCUUGCAAUUCAUCGUGUUGGUGUUGUCCAUGCUGACCUAAAACCUGCAAAUUUUUUGCUUGUUGGUGAUAAACUCAAGCUCAUUGACUUUGGGAUAGCCAAUGGGAUUCAGGCAAAUAAAACAAGUAUAACUAGAGAGUUACUGAUGGGAACAUUAAAUUACAUGCCACCUGAGGCUCUUAAUCCUGACAUCAACCAUGUUAAUGGUGCUGCAAAGAUAUCUUGUGAAUCCGAUGUUUGGAGUUUGGGAUGUAUACUUUAUAUGAUGGUAUUUAAGAAAACACCUUACCAGCAUAUUCGAAACCAAAAUGCAAAAAUGUUAGCCAUACAACGAGGUGAAGAAAUAAAUUUUUCAGGAAUACGAGAUCAAAACCUUUUACACUGCUUAAAGGUCUGUCUAAAAUAUGAUAAACGUGAAAGACAGUCAGUGGAAGAACUUCUACAGCAUCCUUUUCUACAACCUUAACUUAUUAAAUGAUUUCUGAUUAUAAUCAAAUGUAAAUUUUGUACCAAAUUGCCGGAAAUUGAAAAAAAUUAAUGUAAUUAUGCGUGUAAAAGUACAGAAGUGUUUGUAUAUAUGAUGUAUGUCUUAUUAAAGAUGGCUAGAUAGUUUUGAAAUCAAAAAA